CUCCCUCAGGACGGAACAUCCCUUCACUCAGAGCUGAAGAUAAGAGAGCAGGAAGCGAGCCCCGCAUCUACUCUUUCACCACAAGUUAUUAUUAUUUUUGUUUUUAGGUUCAAGUCCACGUAUCUCUGAACAUCCAAGAAAGGGCUUCCUGGAAAACAAGACAAAGCAAAACAAAACCCAAGUGUCCUGGUGCAUAUGGCCCCACACCACCGGGAGAGAAGGAUCCCACACUGGCAGGCACUGAAACUCUAAGGGUGGACAUUGGGUGAGUUCUGCAGAGUCACUGAGCUCUUUGCUGUUCAAGGGGAGCCAUGCAGGAUGAAGAUGGGUAUAUCACUUUAAACAUCAAGCCCCGGAAACAAGCUCUCAGCUCAGCGGAACCUGCCUCUUCUUGGUGGCGUGUGGCGGCUUUAGUUCUGCUGAUCUCAUCCAUGGGGCUGGUUGUUGGACUCGUGGCUCUGGGGAUCAUGUCGGUCACACAGCAAAAGUAUCUACUGGCAGAGAAGGAAAAUCUCUCAGCCACUCUGCAACAAUUGGCCAAGAAAUUCUGCCAAGAGUUGAUUAGACAAUCAGAAAUUAAGACAAAGAGCACUUUUGAGCACAAGUGCAGCCCCUGCGCCACGAAGUGGAGAUACCAUGGAGAUAGUUGCUACGGGUUCUUCAGGCGUAACCUAACAUGGGAAGAGAGCAAGCAGUAUUGCACAGAGCAGAAUGCAACGCUUGUGAAGACUGCCAGCCAGAGCACCCUGGACUACAUUGCAGAAAGGAUUACUUCAGUCCGUUGGAUUGGAUUAUCACGCCAGAACUCUAAGAAAGACUGGAUGUGGGAGGAUAGCUCAGUUCUUCGCAAGAAUGGGAUUAAUCUUUCUGGGAAUACAGAAGAAAACAUGAAUUGUGCUUAUCUUCACAAUGGAAAAAUCCAUCCAGCUUCCUGUAAAGAGAGGCAUUACUUAAUAUGUGAGAGAAAUGCUGGCAUGACAAGAGUGGACCAACUGCUUUAAUGCAGAAGGAUGGACAGGAUGUCAGAUAAGUGCUUGAUCAUGCAAUAAAAGAUCUGGACAAAAGAACUCCGCAUUCAUAAAA